AUGCAUUUUAGAGAGAAACCUUACAAAUGUAAAGAGUGUGGCAAGGACUUUAGCAGACAUUCAAGCCGUAGUCAACACCACAAAAUCCAUACUGGAGAGAAGCCUUACAAAUGUAAAGAAUGUGGCAAGGCAUUGAAGAGGGAAUCCAACCUUAUUCAACACCACAGAAUUCAUACUGAAGAGAAACGUUAUAAUUGUGAAGAAUGUGGCAAGGCCUUUAUGUUCCAUUCAGGCCUUACUCACCAUCAGAGAAUUCAUCUGGGUAUAGUUGGAAACCUGAAGUUCUUUCUUCUUCAUCAUUAUACCUUCUUUUUCACUCCCUUGGGCACAGAAUCUUUCCUGAAGACCAACACCAAAGGAGGAAGUGAAGAAGAAAUGGCCCUUUCUCAGGGACAGCUCACAUUCAGGGAUGUGGCCAUCAAAUUAUCCGAGGAGGAGUGGGGACGCCUGACCCACACUCAGCGGCAACUGUACAGGGAUGUGAUGUUGGAGAACUAUGGACACCUGCUCUUCUUGGGUCUCAUUGUGUCAAAGCCUGAUUUGGUCUCCUUUUUGGAGCAAAAGAAGGACCCUUGGGAUGUGACAAGAAAGAAGACAGUGGUCUUUGAUCCAGGGAACCAUUUCAAGCCUAUUAAAUGUGGGGAAGACUUUUCUCAAAGAUCCAUCCUUCUGUCUAACAGCAUGCAUAUAAGAGAAAAUCCUAAUGAACAUGAAAGAGAUUUUAACCAGUCCUCCAGUUCUGGUGAUCAUCCAAAAAUUUAUGUGGAAAAAAACCCAUCCAGAUAUAAGAAGCCUGGGAACACGUUUAGUCAGUCAUCAGGAACACAUAUACAUAAGACAAUCUGUAGUGGAGAGAAACCUUACAAAAGUAAAGAAUACAGCACAGACUUUAAAUUGCCUUCGACCCUUACUCACCAUCACAGAAUUCAUACUGGAGAGAAACCUCACCAAUGUCAAGAAUGUGGGAAGGCCUUUAGUCAGUCUUCACACCUUACUCAACAUCACAGAAUUCAUACUGGAGAGAAACCUUACCAAUGUCAAGAAUGUGGCAAGACCUUUAAGCGGAUGUCAUCCCUUACUGAACAUCACAGAAUUCAGACUGGAGAGAAACCUUACAAAUGUGAAGAAUGUGGAAAGGCCUUUAGGGGGCAGUCAAACGUUCUUGUACAUUGCAAAAUUCAUUUUAGAGUGAAACCUUACAAAUGUGACGAAUGUGGAAAGGCCUUUAGGCGGCAGUCAAAGCUUCUUGAACAUCGCAGAAUUCUUUUUAGAAAGAAAUCUUACAAAUGUCAAGAGUGUGGGAAGGCCUUGAAGCAUUGUUCAAUCCUUAUUCACCAUCACAGAAUUCAUACUCCAGAGAAACCUUACAGAUGUAAAGAAUGUGGGAAGGUCUUCAAGCAGCUCUCAGCCCUUACUCACCAUCAUGGAAUUCAUACUGGAGAGAAAAAUUACAAAUGUAAAGACUGUGGCAAGGCCUUUAGCAGGCAUUCAAGCCUUACUACACACCACAGAGUUCAUACUGGAGAGAAACCAUAUAAUUGUGAAGAAUGUGGCAAGGCCUUUACCCAUCAAUAAACCCUUACUAAUCAUCACAGAGUUCAUAUUGGAGAGAAACCUCACAAAUGUGUAGAAUGUAGCAAGGCCUUUAAGCAGGAAUCCCACCUUACUCGACAUCACAGAAUACAUAUUGGAGAGAAAUCUUAUAAUUGUGAAGAAUGUGGCAAGGUCUUUAUGUUCCAUUCAGGCCUUACUCGACAUCAGAGAAUUCAUUCUGGUGAGAAACCUUACAGAUGUCAAGUAUGUGGCAAGGUCUUUAAGACUGCUGAACUCUUAACUCCACAUCAGAGAAUUAAUUUGGAGAGUGAUUAUACACAUGUAAAGAAUGUGGCAAGACCUUUAGGCAAUGCUAAACCCUUGUUCCUUAUCCAAGAAUGUAUAGUGGAGGUGAUUCUACAAAUAGAAAAAUACAGCAAACCCUUUCUUAGUGCUCAAGCCUCUCCCAGCAUUACAGAAUUCAUAGUAGAGAGAAAUCUUGUAUGUGUAAGAAUGUGGUAAAGCUUUUGGACUGCUCAACACUUAAGUCAGCAUCCCAGAGUUCAUACUGGGGAGAAAUACUAGAAAUGGAAAGAACAUGGCAGGCCUCUGGCUGGAAGUCAUAACUUGCUCAACAUCAUUGUUACCAUCCAGGAGCAAAACUGUAAUAUGUAAAGACAGUGGCCAAGCCUUUAACUAGAAUUCAGUCCUUACUCGGUAUCCCAAAAUGCAGUCUUGGGUCAAACUCUACAAACGUAAUGAAUGAGGAAAGACUGUCUCUUA